UUCAGCAUGAGAGGUUCUUGUCGAGUUUUCCAUGUGUGAACUCCUUCACUGCCCAAGUCAUGCUUACUGCUGCCCCACUACCAGUGCUGCUGAAAGCUCCGCUCACAUAUCUCUCAAAGCUCUGUCCAUGGAUUCCAACCAGAAUCAUCUCUAAUUUCUACAAGCUUGUGCAUGAUGAGAGUCCUUUUUAUGAACAGCCUUCAAAAGCCCCUAUGUUACAGAGGAGGGAUGAGUCAAGGGAUGGCCAAACUGAGCCCAUCCUCCAGGAUAGAACAAUUGUCAAUCAAGGAAGCAGGAAGGUCAUUGAAGAUGCAACAAGAAAUCAGGAAGAUAUGAGACAUUCUGACCUUCUCCACCAAGAGCAUGGAGGAUCAAAGGGAUGGAGCAUGCUGCAAAAUGGACGCAAGACCCAAGGUAGAGAUGACCUGAGGCAGUCACAUCAGGAUGUUCCUGUUAAAAUCAAGUCUGAACCAGUUGAUUCUCCUGUUUAUGACCUUGAUGGUCAAGCUAUGUAUCCUGUAGACCAUUUUAUUCCCGAUGAUCUGAAGACACCACUGGAACUGCUUGCAUCCAGUGAUACUAUUGGAAAAGACCAACUUAGCUCAUCAAGGCAUUAUUCAGAGGCAUUUGAUCCAGAACAUGGAAUGGAUACUGGUGCAAACCCCCAUUCUUCAAGAGAUCGCCUAGGCCACUUAAGCAAGGAUAGGUCAGGUCAAAGAGAACUUUUGGACCUACAGCCAUAUGCAUCAACUUCCAAGAUUGAUUAUGAGACAGGGCCAUCAUCAAGAGAGUGGAUCAUGGAGGAAAAAGUGCAUCAAGGUCUACAUUCCAAUACAAUGGCUCGGGCUAGAAAGACCUAUUCUGGAUUAGAUGAUAUACUUCCAAGACAACAUAAAGAUAAUUGGGGAAACCGAGGACUGUAUGACAUGGAUCCCUUUCCUACCAGGGGUACGCAAAAACAAGCUCCAAUGAAGUACAUAGGCAUAGCACAGCCCUGCCCUCGGCCAGCUGGUAAAGAUUGUUCGACAAAAAAGACCAAUCCUUCAAACUACAUGACAACUUCAAGAAGUGGGGAGUUUGGUACACUUGCAACAGCAGGACUGCCAGCUAGGAGAGGAUCAGCUUCAAUGGAGAGCCUGAAUCAGUCUCAGGGAAACCCUUCCAUGCAGAGGCAUCCCCUUGAAUAUCACAGUCAGUACUUUCAAAGACCUGAUGAUCAUCAAUAUUCUGAAAGACAACAGACCGCACACAGUAGGAAUGAUUACAGAGGAAUGGACAUGGCAAUGCUUCAAGGGAAAGGGUUGCUGCAGGGACAGCAAGCCUCCUCAUACCAGUAUCAAACAGGGAAUGCCUUCCCUGAUGCAAUAGGUCAAUUGAGCUCUGACGAUAUGUACACUGAUGGCACAACCAAGAAAAGAAGAUUGACAUAUGAGAGGGUACCAGGAUCGAAAGGAGGACAGACCAGACUAGCUUUUCGGUAGAUCGCCAGGAUGUGAAAGUCACUUUGAUACCUCAACAGGAGCAGCCAAGUCUUGCUGAUUGUCAGGGAAAAUCUUAGGAUAUCUACUCUGAUUGCCCAUCAAGAGAAGAAGACUUGAUAUUUGGAGUUCCAGGAUCUGAAGGAAGACAGACAUGAAUUGCUGUUGGGUAGAAAUAGCUUGUGAAAAUCACUUUGAUACCUCAACCAGAGCAACUGGUUAUCAUCAGACACUGCCUGAUAUUCAACGAUUUCAGGGUAACAAAAUAUGCAGAAUGUUAAACUGGUUGACUACUGGAACAAAAUACAUGUAGUCCCUCUACCAAGCACAUGAAAUUUGUUAAUUGGUUGUCACAGGGUUAUAACAUCUCCUUGAGUCCUAAAUGGAGAUUUAUCUAAAAUUUAUUUCCAAAAUGUAAUUAUUGAAAUUAGCAGUGCAGUUCUGUGUCAAAGUAAUUUGUAUUUCAUCUUGUCUGAGGGAGGUAGGUUGGAUUGACCUGCAUACAUCCAAUAGUAUAGGGGCAGGGAAUACUGCAAGAACUUUGUGUGUGUGAGGUAACAAGAUAGUAUGAUACAUUUUGCUGUAAAAGAUACAUAUACAUUACCUGUAUAACAUAUAGAAU